GUUUCCGCCCUGCUGGGGGGAGGGGCGCGGCCUCCUCAGGGCCCUCACCUGCCCGUCGGUGGGGCACGUGUCCCCCCGUCCCCCCCCCUACUUGAGUGUUAUGGGGGCUGGGACUCAGCUUCACCUUUUAUUCCUCUUUUUGCGGGGGGGAAAAGCCCCUUUUGGGAUGGCUGCUCCCUGGGGGGUAGGGCCACGCGGCAGGAUUUGGCAUGAAUUAAGUUUUUCAGCCCCGAUGUGCCAGACCUUUCUCUUCCUACAUGAAGCGCAAUCAUGACCGAUCCAGAAUAUGUCCUGUGCAGAUGGAAGACGCGUUUGUGGCCCGCAAAGGUUUUAUCCAAAAUUGUAACUUCCACAAGAUCAGGAAAGACGGCCUCUUUUAAUGUUGAAAUACUUGGUGUGGCUGAACAGACUAAAAUAACCUGUGCAGAUCCCGAACCAUUGGAGAAAGAGCGUAUACAAGUAAUUGCCUCUGAAUUGGGAGACCGGGAGGAGAAACCUACUGAUGAAUUGGAAGAAAUAAAGUAUCGCUGUGCUCUUAAAAUUGCUCUAAAUAUUUUGAAUGGGGAAUCCUCUUCUAAACAAGUAGGCCUCUCAAAUGAGGGACCAGUUACUCGAUCAGCUCGGAAAGAAAUUAAAACACUACUUUCGUUAUCACCUGAUUCAACUAGUUGUCAGGUGCCUCUCCCCAAAGAAUUAAAGGGGCACCAGACCUUGAAGAAAGGGGAACAAAAGAAACAAAGCCCUCAAACUGACCCCAACCCCCCCAAAAGUAAACGUUCUCUCAAUUCAGAGGAGGGAGCUAAACCAUGUAGAAACAGAACAAGAUCUUCAGUAUCUAAAUCUAAGGACCUGAAUAAUGCACGCAAGUCAGAAGGCCAAAAUCACAAGGCAUCCAAAUCGAAAGUAAAGACAUUAAAAAACCAGGAAAAAGUGAAUUCCAAAUUGUCCAAAGCAGUCAGAAGCUCGUCACUUACACGAGAGGAGAAUGUAAAAACCAAGGAGGGAAGAAAAAGGUCAAGAAAGGUAUAUGAACCCUCAUCUCCGAUCACCAAAUUACAAGUGCCUGCUUUCCUUGCACAGAGUACCCCAGUAUCUGCCUCCUACAGUUCUAUCACAGCGAAUGCUUUUGGAAAAAAGGCUAGUGGGAAAAAACAGUCUGGAAGGAGAUUACUGGAUUCUUCUGUGGAAUCUCUAUCAAAUGAAUUGCAAAGUGAAGUCAGUGAAGAGAGUGAAGCUUCAGGAAGGAAAUGCAGAAUCUUAGAGGGGAGCAAGAAGCCAGUGAAUUCAAGACAUAUCGUCCGGAAACGAGCAAGUAAUGCAGUUGCAUCUCCGUGCAGAAAAAGGAGGUGCAGAAGUUGCCCUGAGCCUUUAUGCAGGGCUUCUAACCCUAGAAAGCGCCUCGACAUCUCUCCUCGGCCUAGAGAAGAGAAGAAUAAGAGUAAUUUACGUGCAAAAAAUAUUGAGCUUCCUGACUUUCAGGAAGAUGAAGAAUUGGAAGCUUCUGAUCUGUCUUCAAAGCUUAGUUCUUCAGAAAAUAGCCAUCUUGUCUCAUAUUUAGUAGAUGAGGAAGAUGAAGAACUCCCUAGUUUCCUUUUACAUCAAGAACCAAGUUCGAUCGAACCAGGGAUGCUGGUUUGGUGCAAGUUACGAAGAUAUCCAUAUUGGCCAGCAGUGGUAAAAAGGGUGUCUCGGAAACCUAAAAAAGCAAACGUGCUGUUAAUAGAAGGAAAUGUGAAUUUCAAGAAUCCAAAGGGUUUUUCAACACAUCUUAGAAACCUGAAGCAUUUUGACUGUGAAGAAAAGCAGAAGCUAAUAGACCAAGCCAAAGAGGACUACAGCCAUGAGGUUGAGUGGUGCAUUGAAUUGAUUUCAGACUACAGAAUUAGAGUAGGUUGUCAUUCUUUUACAGGCUCCUUCUUAGAAUAUUUAGCUGAUGAUAUCAGUUACCCCGUUCGAAAAGAAGUCAAUCGAGGCAUAGUCCAGAUGACCUUUCCACACGUAGCGGAGGAAGAUCUUGAAGAGUCUGUUUUGGAAACUCCGUCUGACAAGCCAUCCAAGAAAGUUCUUCCUGAUAGAAUGAGAGCUGCCAGAGACAAAGCCAAUGAGAAGAUUGUGGAGUUCAUCGUGAAGACAAAGGGGGCUGAGGAGCAUCUCCAGGCUAUUUUGAAAAGCCAGAAGCAGUCUCGGUGGCUGAAAGAAUUUUUGAAUUCCAGUCACUACGUGACCUGUGUCGAGACCUACCUGGAAGAUGAGGGGCAGUUGGACCUUGUGGUGAACUAUUUGAAAAAAGUCUAUCAUGAAACGGAUGCCAGAAAUCUGGAUUUAGUAAAUGGCGAUAGAAUAAAAUUUAUUUUAGAUGUCCUCUUGCCUGAAGCCGUCAUUUUUGCCAUUUCUGCAGUGGAUGAUAUAGACUACAAGAAAGCGGAAGAAAAAUACAUAAAAGGACCGUCGGUCAGCAAAAGGGAAAGGGAAAUAUUUGAUGAAGAAAUUCUAGAACAAAAAAAACUGGAGCUGUUGGAUACCAAACUGGCUUCUGAAGACAGCAUCUAGAAAAAGUGGUAGGGAACUUAUUAAAUCUGCACUGAUGUUAAAUGUAUAUAAUGGAGAAGAAAAUACUUGUAAAAACUUCAUAUUUUAUACAAAACUUUUUUUUAACCGAUAUGUAAAUACACUUCAGUGGAUGUAUUGAAUCUUGAAGGUACUCUGUUGCCUUGAGAGCUGAUCGUCAAUCAUUAUUCUUAACUUCUGUGUAAAGGAGCUGGAUGUAGUACUUGCUACAAGUAUGUAAUGCCAAACUCCUUGUAAAACUUGGUUUAUGAAGACAUGAGAUGUUCUUUACAUAGUGCCAGCUGAUCAGUUUGCCUUCAUCGCACUCUACUUGAAAUGCACUUCAAAGCUAUCUAAAAGGGAGGAAUAGGAAAUGUUUUGCAAGACUUCUUGAUCUAACCUCAUAAAUUUGUUUUAUUUUAUAUGAAUUAUUCUAUCCAAAUAUUAUGAACAAAGGGCUGUCAGUCUCUGAUUUAACUUGCAGUGGUAACAGUAUAAUAAGCGUUACAGGAUUAUGUAGCUUGUGGUGACUUCAUUGAAUAUAAAGUACCUGGCUUUUUGUUUUAACAUCCUUCCAAAGAGUUGAUGUCCUUGCUGUACUUGUAUUUGUUGACGGGGGAAAUAAAAAUGUCACCCAGUAAAGAAA